CCAUGGCGUCCGCGGCGGCGCCCGCGCGGCACUUUCAGUUUCUCCUUCGCGCGGGUGCAGGGCGGCUCGGCGCGGCCCGGGCCUCUCGCGUGCACCUGCGCCGGGCCGCAGCCCGCGGGCUUCCCUGCGCGGCCGGAGCAGCGGGCGGGCCUCGCGAGUCGCAGUGACUCGGGCCGGGAGACGUUCCGGGUGACUUCUCACCCCUCGGCGGCGCGGGGCUCCUGGGAGCGAAAACCACCAGUUGCUAACGUGUCCACGGAAGCCACAAAUGUGCAGGGCAAAAGCCGGGCUCUUGGACGCGAACGCCACCGAGGAGGCGUCGCUGCUUCUGCCGCGGAUGUGGCAGACGUUGCCAAGUCAUCUUGUAAAAAAAGGAAGUGGACAAUGAUUAAGAGGUUCACGCCCCGUGCCCCUCCAACCGCUAAUGCUUUUUUCUCUCCGUCUUAUGUACAUGCACCUGCCCAGGUGGGACCUCGAGGAAGUAUAACUUUGUGGGUCCGCCUAAUCUGGCAGACCCUGCUUAGGGCAAGGUGGACAACGGAAGCCCAACACAGAGAUGACGUGGCUCUGAUUUGUUCAGCAUUUGCCGUAGACUGUUGAGUGGAAGACUUUCUGUGAGGUAAACCAUUCUCUUUAUCUGCACUUGACACAUGUGGGAACAGAGAUUUCCUUAAGAAACAUGACAGAGUUCACUUACCUGGCGGAAUUGGGACAAAACCCUGCCGCACUCCGGCUCCAAAGUCCACGCUGGGAGCUCCUGUGUUACAGGACCUUGUGAAAUAACGUGGCAGUCUAGAAACGGAUGAGCGCGGGCGCGGGCGUGUGGGAUGCUGCUGAGCCGGGGUGGGAACCGAGGGGAAGGUGCCUGGAAUGUGUGACUUCCAGGAAGGAACUUGGACCUGAUCAGGUCUUCUAGAUUUGGUUAUGAUAUAGCAAAGGAGGUAAGGAGAAAGAAGGCGGAAGGAGAAAGAGAACAGCCAUAAAUUAAAGAGUCAGGCAAAGCGGUUCAAGUCGGAAAUUUGACGCGGAUUGCUUUUUUAGUCUUACUUCCCGAGUCCGUAGCAGGUCGUGCGCAGUGGCCUCCAAGGCUAGGGCUCUUCCAGCGUUCAUCCGCCCUGAAGCCUCCCCGUUCUCCUCGGGGCAGCAGGGUGUCGGAUCACACUUCCGCCCUGUGCCCAGCUGCCCGUGUGUGCCUAGUCCUGCAGGCCCGGGUGAUCAGGGGCUGUCCCUGUCCCUCACACCUGCUGGACCUCACUGGACUGCACACGCUGGCCCUUCCGCCCACUUCCUUCCUCCCAGAGUGGUCCAGCACAGGCCUGUUGAAUGACAGAAUGAGCUACAACAGUGACCUGAAGCCUGCGUGGGAAAGAAUGUGUGAGAGCGGAAAGAAAACACCAGGAAAGAGGAAGAGAGCAAGUAGAGGGAGGGAGAAAAGGCCAAACAUGCCCAUUUUCCUGGAACGCAGAUGGCUCGGUGGGGAAGGACAGAGGAAGCCGCGGUGGCUGCGGCUGCUGAGCCCUGUAGCUACACCUCAGCAGGGCGGUUAUUGGAGAUACGGAACUGCCCCGACCCUGCGCUUUUUCCCUUCUUUCCGUGGUUGAACUUUUCAGGAACAGAGUAGAAGUGUAUCCAUCAACAACUUUCACAGGAGGAAAUCCUCCUUCCUCUUGUAUGCAAACACCGUAAAAGAUAGCAAAGUAAAGGCUUAUGCAAAAGUUAGAUUUGGGGGGAAAAGAAGGGAAAUUGAUGAGAGGUACAGGGCAAGAGAUAUAAAUUCCUCGCUGGACUCAGUCCCUGCAUUUGAAGAAUCUCUUUUGAAAACGUUCAGAAAACAUUUGGAGUAUUUAUGGUUAUAUGAAAAUGAGCACAUUCUAACUUUCAGGUGGAGUGUUCUAUGAGAAAACUAAUAUUUAGAAAAAAUUCUAAUAUGAAAUCUUAAAUUAGCUGUUGCUACUUUGAUAAAAUAAUUUUUAAUAAGAGGGACAAGGAUAAAGUAUUUUAUGCAUUUUUAAAAUGUAAUUUCAUUUCU